GCUAUUUAUAUCCACCCCACAAAAAGCACCCGCAUGGCUCUCCCUCUCUUCCUCUUCCACCGUUCCUCCAGGCUCAGUUUGCCCCUUCUGGAUUUCUCCUCUGCCUUCCCUGACAUUCCUUGAGUGGUGGAAAGUUCUGGACAACCGGUGAAGGCGGGACCUGAACGCGGAGAAAGAACGCCGUACCUCCCCAGUUGUGUGAGAGUGACACGGGUCCUGGGUAAGGAGUGAACCCUGGAAAGGAGACCUGAAGCUCUGCUGACUGCUGCCAUGGCUCUGCUCUGCUACAACAAAGGCUGCGGGGACCGUUUCGAUGAGCAGGAGAACGCUGACGAUGCUUGCCUGCACCACCCAGGGGUGCCCAUCUUUCAUGAUGCCCUUAAGGGUUGGUCUUGCUGCAGAAAGAGGACCACAGACUUUUCAGAGUUCCUGUCUAUCAAGGGAUGUACCCGAGGGCGCCAUAGCAACCAGAAACCACAGGAACCACUGCGUCCGGAAGUGACAUCAGACAAAGGGGACUUGCAGAACCACAACAACAAGGAAAUCAUCUAUAUGGGGCCCAAAUCUGCAGAGGCCCUGCAAAAGGAGAGACCCAGCCUUGAUGAGACCAAGACCAAGCUGGCAGUGAAGGUGUCGACCUCAUUGGCCCAGGUGCUGGAGAAGCUGCAGAUAACCAAGAAGGCAGAGGCACAGAAACAAGAGAGCCAGGCUGUCAUGUUCGGAACACGGUGCAAAAAUGCAGGAUGCAAAACAGUAUACCAAGGAGAGGCUACUGAUGCAGAGGUCUGCAUCCACCACCCAGGAGUGCCAGUGUUCCAUGAAGGGUACAAAUACUGGAGUUGCUGUUGCAUCAAGACCCUCGACUUCAACGCCUUCCUGGACCAGAAGGGAUGCACCAAUGGCAAGCAUCGCUGGAUCCCCAAACAGGACAAGAAGAAGGUGGCGUGCCGGUAUGACUGGCACCAGACUGGGAACCAGGUGGUAAUCACUCUGUACGCCAAGAACGCUAACCCAGAGCACUCCUAUGUGGAGGCCAACCGCACCAUGUUGACGGUUCACAUCCAGUUUGAAAACGACAAAGUUUUCCAUGCGGACUUCUACCUCUGGGGGGUGAUCAAUGUCUCCAAGAGCUCGGUCAGCAUGGUGCCGACCAAGGUGGAGCUGAUGCUGGGCAAGGCAGAUGCAGUGGCCUGGGGCAAGCUGGAAGACCCACAGGCCAAGGCAGCGGCCCCCGUCGAGCCGCAGGAGGAGGGCUACGUCGACCCCGAUGAGAUGCCCGACUGGGAUAUUGACGACGAUGACAUUAGCGAGUCCGAAGAUGAGGAGCCGGCCCCCCCCAAGUGAGCCGGGGCCUCAUUUUGGCUGUACGCUGCCGCUGGGGGGCCUGUUUUGACAGAAGCACGCGACACUGGUGAUAUACAGGGUCCCCCGGCUACCUCAGUGGGACUGGUAGCAGGAUGUGGACGUGAUAUUUAACGUGCUGCGGGGACACAAGGCCUUGUCUUGGGCAUCGUUCUGAUGUAGGUGUGGCGAGAGAGGAUCUUACCUGUGACUGCAAAGACCAUUAAGCUGACUAAAGAUUAAAAUGUGAGCUUGAGUUUUACUUGUACAAAAAGUUCUGAAGGCAGAAAGGAAAAAUGACUGGUUCAGAGUGAUAACCAAUCAUACUGUAGAGGAGGUGGGUCCAAGUGACUAC